CUGAGUUCCCUCAACCCCAAAUCCCUAGAGCUGAGCGUUCGGGCGAGUCAGACGCACCACGCCGACCGGCGACUGAAAACUAAAAAUAAUCGUACUCUGUUCAGUACCGCCGUAACAGUCGCGCGCGACGCCCGCGCAGCACGCGUAUCGCAACCAUGGCGGAGACAAUCGAGGAAACAUACGAGACCGCGGUCACCCGCAAGGUGGUCCGCAAGAGCCUCAAGAUAGAGGAGAAGUCGUCAACGACAAAGACGACGACAAUGACGACACCGGCCAAGUUGUACGGACGCGAGUUGUCUGCAUACGAUGAGGUUGACGUCGACGAACUGUUAGCCAAAUUGUCACAGGAAGAGCUGACCAUGCUCGCAAAGGAGGUUGAUCCAGACGACAACUUCCUCCCUCCCUCGCAGCGAAAUAACUACGCGUGCGAGAAGGAUCCAACGGGACCUCUGAAUCGGAAGAAAUUAAUUGAACACAUAAAUAAACAAGCAUUAGAAACACCAGAUAGACCCGAAGUCAAACCUUACGUCCCUGGUGUUGUACGGGGUAAAAAGUGGAUUCCGCCACCGCCUCCGGAGAAAGUUCGAGAAGCGGAAGAACAAAUUACAAUCGACCUCGGCGACGAGUACGAGCAGGCGCUCGGAACCGCGACACAGGAAGAAAUCAUCGAUCUCGCUGCUAUUCUCGGCUUCCACUCCAUGAUGAACCAGGACCAGUACCACGCGUCGCUUCUAAACAAAGGUCAACCCGUCGGUCUCGGUUGGGACGGUAUCACUAAAGCUACAAAGCCAAAGGUAUAUCCAAUGGAUCCACCCAAUGACACAGAUCCCGACAAGACCAUCGACAGAGUAAAGGAUAACGACCAGUCGUUCCUUGAUCUCAAUUGGAAUAACAUUAAGAAUAUAAGCGACGAGAAGUUCGAGAAGCUGUUCGAGGCGCUGAAGACGAACACGCAUUUGGAGGUGCUGUCGCUGGUGAACGUGGGCUUGAACGACCGCACGGCGCAGUUGCUGGCCGACGCGUUGCAGGCCAACAGCACGCUGCGGGUCGUCAACGUCGAGACCAACUUCAUCAGCCCCGCCGGCGUCGUGGAGCUGGUGCGCGCGCUGCUCGCCACCACCAGCGUCGAGGAGUUCCGCGCCUCCAACCAGCGGUCGCAAGUGCUCGGCAACAAGACGGAGAUGGAGAUCACGCGGCUGGUGGAGCAGAACCCGACGCUGCUGCGGCUCGGCCUGCACCUCGAGUACAGCGACGCGCGCCACCGCGUCGCCUCGCACCUGCAGCGCAACAUCGACAGAAAUUGCCGUUUGCAAAAGCGAGCUAGCGCGUCUAUAAGCUUGCGCUUGCCCCGCGGUCGGCCUCCCGCCGUGGGCGUCGACAGUAGCUUCUUCAACCUCACACCUCCAAGCGUCGAAACUUCGACACCAACCGCCGACAGAAGAAUCCUCGAUAAGCCGAUUCUAGAUCAAUCGUUAUCCGAUCAGACAUCCAAUGAUGGAAAAUUCGUGAUGGCGACGCCGCCUGAUAUAAACCCAGAACCCCACUCUACGCCAGCAACGCCGGAGCCAGAGCGGCGCUUAGAGCUCUAAACGACACAUGUGGUGGGCGAAUCCGGCGCUUGAGCCAGUUCACACGCAGCCGUAGUUACGUGGUGGGCUGGAUUCCUUGACCACACGCGUUCGCACUGUCACCCUCUUUGUCACUGUGUAGCACGCCUUCAAAAGUCUAUAAAUAUAUCCCGUGUUAUUCCUUAAUAAAAUGUUUUUUUAUUCGAAGAUGUAUUUUUAAACGUUGGCCUUGAAGUUCGACGUUUGAUAAGAUUCUAUUAGACUGGGUCGUAUUUUAAAGAAUAUUUUAUUCGAUUUAUUGUUACCCGUAGCUUUUAUAAAAUUUGUAUCAAAAAUUAGGGAAGUAAGACCCGGUGACAAUAAGUUAGACCUUAUUUUAUAUUGCAAAUUUUUGCGAGUUUAAAUCGAUCAACUUAUUGGUGCUUACGACUUUACUGAAAUGACUAAUAAAAUUUAUUUAUUUAAUCGAUUUUACAUUGUAAUGAAAUUCUUGCCUCGUUUUUAAAAAAGGUUUUUUUGUAAUAAUGUAUUGUUUUUUAAAUAUCGACUACACAAUUACAAAGAUUUGAUUUGACAGAUAAUUAAGUGUGCUUGAUGUAAGAAUUGUGCGCGAACAAUAUUUAUGAUUUUAUUUAAAAAAAAAAAAUAAGACCUUGGUUUUAACAGCUCGAUGGCAGGACCAUCGAUAGUUAUAAACUCAGUUUUUUUUUUUAAUUUGGAAUGAACGAAAUAAAACCAUAAAUUUUGUCUAUGAUUGAUCAAUUUGUACGUUUAAAAUAUUAAUUCUAAUUUUAGUGUGCUAAUGAAAUCGUAUUAAUUUUUAUCAUUUAAUUGUAAUAUAUGUUAUAGUCGUGCACAUUCCAUUAAUACAUAACAUACUUCUCUACUAAAAUUUUUACUGUACACCAUAGACUAUACUAUUUUCUUCCACAACCGUAGAAAAUUAACAAAUCAAUGAUUUACUUUAAAAACUUAAAAAUAGAUAAGAGAAGCGAUGUUCUGUGUCAAUGGAUUAUAAGUUUAACAUUUUCAAAAAAGCACUAGGUUUUUCUUUAAAUUCGCUAUACAUGCUGUUAUCUGUGGUCAAGUUGCUUUCAAUUGAAGGCUUGCAACAUUCAUCGGCUGUAACCUUUUGCUUUCUUGAAAUAAUAUAUUUGCUUAACUUUUAAAUCGUAACUUGUAUUCAUAGAAUCUACUGCGGAACUUAAUUGUCCAUAACAUUGUGAUAUAAAGAUCAUGUGUUUCCAUUAAAAAACUAUUGCUUUGAUUUUUUUUUUCAUCCUAGUUUCAACUUAAGAGAGAUUAUUUGUAUAUGAAUUUUAGAUUUUUAAUGUAUUUUUUGUUGUUGUACGAAAUUUGAAAAUUUUUGGUAAUGAAUGAUUACAUUAAUGUUUUUUUAAACUAUAGAUUUUAUUUAUGUCGACAUGAUAAUGUAUGGAGCAUUUUGGUUCAACGAACACUUGACUAGUAGAGUCGCAGUUGUGUAGUUUUGUGACAAAAAUAUAAAUAAAGCAAUUAAACAUA